AUGUUCGAGGCAAAACUAGCUAGUGCUGCGUUACUGAAAAAAAUUGUCGAAGCGGUAAAGGACCUUAUCACUGAUGCUCCAUUCGACUGUACUGAAAAUGCAUUUUCACUUCAGGCAAUGGAUUCAUCGCAUGUAGCUCUUGUAUCUUUGAAUUUGGCAUCAAGCUUGUUUGAAAUUUAUCGAUGUGACCGUACGAUCAACAUAGGAAUGAGCUUUGCCAGUAUGGCUAAAGCUUUAAAAUGUGCUAACAAUGACGACACCUGUAUGAUACGUUAUGAAGAAGACGACGAUGUGGUUUUUGCUUUUGAAGACACUAAACGUGGCAGAACACAGGAAGUAACAGUGAGAAUGAUGGAUAUUGAUAAUGAACAUUUAGGCAUUCCAGAUCAGGAACACUCAGCAGUUGUCACAAUGAGUUCUGGAGACUUCCAGAAAACAUGUCGGGAUUUGGCGAUGUUUUCCGACUCAGUACUGAUCACUGUGACUAAAGCUGGAAUAGGAUUCACCGGCAAAGGCGAAACAGGCUCUUCCGUUUCGGUAACAGUGACUGUCACAGAACCUGUGAGCGUGACGUUCUCAGUUAAAUACAUGAACCAUUUUGCUAAAGCGUCCAGUCUCUCAGACAGGGUGAAACUCUCUAUGACCAACGAGUUGCCAAUUGUGGUCGAAUACCCUAUUGAUGACGACAGCACCAGUUACCUCCGUUUCUUUUUGGCUCCAAAAAUCCAGGAAGAUGAGGAGGGAAUGAAUGAGUAA